AUGCUACGCUCUCGGAUAACACUCUCUGGCCUACGCAACGGCCGCAGCUACGCCUCUGCUGCCGGCAGUCUGAGUACGCCCGCCCGCAUCAAGGCUGAACAGAUCUCCAGCGAGUGGAAGGGCACGAGUGCGACUGGAGGCAACACUCUGAACUACAUCGGCGGGGCAUUCGUGGAGAGUAGAACCGACAAGUACAUCGACGUGUUGGACCCGUCUACGCAAACCUUGCUCACGCGCGUCCCGGAGACUACGAGCGAGGAGUUCAACCAAGCCGUCGAUGCCGCUUCCGACGCCUUCAAGACGUGGGGCAGAACGUCUGUACUGACGCGACAGAGAUGCAUCUUUGAACUGCAACGCUUGAUUCGCGAGAACGCGGAUGCCCUUGCCGCAAGCAUCGUCCUUGAGCAAGGAAAGACAUGGCCGGACGCACACGGUGACAUUCUACGGGGAUUCCAGGUAGUUGAACACGCCGCCAGUGCCCCGUCGUUGCUCCUUGGCGAGAAGAUCGAAGUGAGCAGGGACAUGGACACAGAAGUUCGCAAGGUUCCAUUGGGUGUCGUUUCUUCCAUCGCCCCGUUCAACUUCCCUGCGAUGAUUCCGCUCUGGUCUAUCCCAAUGGCUACCGUAACUGGAAAUACUCUCAUCCUGAAGCCGUCUGAACGUGACCCUGGAGCGGCUAUGAUCAUUGCUGAACUUUGCGAACGCGCCGGUUUCCCAGCUGGUGUCGUCAAUGUCGUUCACGGGACUGUCCCAACCGUGAACGCUAUCUGCGACCACCCAGCUAUCCGCGCUAUCAGCUUUGUCGGAGGUGACCGUGCGGGUAAGCACAUCUACGAUAGGGGUACAUCGAACGGUAAGCGCGUUCAGAGCAACAUGGGUGCGAAGAACCACGCUGUUCUCAUGCCCGACGCAAACAAGAAUCUUGCCCUGAACUCCAUCGUUGGAGCAGCCUUUGGCGCUGCCGGUCAACGCUGUAUGGCGAUAUCCGUCGCAGUGUUGGUCGGUUCCGCUCAAGAGUGGCUCCCAGACUUGAUCAAGCUCGCUCAGAACUUGAAAGUCAGCGGUGGAUUCGAGAAAGGCGCUGAUCUUGGGCCGGUCAUCUCACCCCAGGCCAAGGAGCGUAUCCUGAAGCUCAUUGGUUCGGCAGAGGAACAAGGCGGCAAGAUACAUCUCGAUGGCCGCCGCAUCUCCGUUCCGGAAUACGAGCACGGCAAUUUCGUUGGGCCAACGAUCAUCGAGGCAGACACCUCGAUGGACUGCUACACCACCGAGAUCUUUGGGCCUGCACUUGUCGUUCUCCGCGCUGGCACGCUCGGCGAGGCCGUCGACAUCAUCAACUCGAACAAGUACGGGAAUGGCACGGCUAUCUUCACUCAGUCCGGUGCGACUGCGCGCAAGUUCGAGACGGAUGUCAAUGUCGGCCAGAUUGGUAUCAACGUACCGAUCCCUGUCCCGCUUCCGAUGUUCUCUUGGAGUGGAAACAAGGCUAGCGUUUUGGGCGACCUUGGAUUCUACGGCAAGAGCGCUAUCGAAUUCUACACGCAGAAAAAGACCACGACCAGCCUCUGGAAGGCCGAGGACGCACUGACGAGCAAGGCGUCCGUCAACAUGCCCACCCACCAUUGA